CUAAAAAUCCUGUCCUGCUCCUUGGACCAGUUCCUUUCUCUCAAAUGGGAGUUUGGGUUCCAAGAGGCGUAGGGCUCGAGGCGUUGACCUUGGAGCGUGGUGUCCCGCGGGUAGGGCACCACAGUUUCAUUAAGCAGUAACCACUAGGUGUCAGAUGAGGUCCAGCACGGUCCUUGUGCAGCCAUUGGCCAGUGCUUUUCCUUCGAUAUGAAGCUUUCCACAUACAGUUUCGUUUCUUUCCGUAUGCCUUAUCUAAGGGAGGGGACAGACUUGCAUCUCACUUUCCUGAUUUCGCAGCAACUGCUAGAGCAUUUAAUACUGUUCAGACAUGCAGCAGUUUGCUAUCAGUGACAUCAACGUGGCCUCCCUUGACUUGAAUUAAGCUUAAAUUAUUAACAAUUAGAUUUUGAACAAAAUGAGGGUGGCCUUCCAUUCAUCAGAUUUUAAUUUCUAGGAGGCUUUGGUACUGCUUGUGGGUGGAGCACAGAAAAGAGUGACACUGUUGCUGUCACCCCUGAGGCCAGUGGAAGCUCUCAGCACCUCUCAAAAAUCAGGUCCUGCCUUCAGGUGCCAGCCUUCUUUUCCGGAUCUGAAAACCUGGAUCAUCUCAUGAACUCCAUAAAUCAGCUUAUUUCUCAGCUGGGUCAUUAUUCUUCCAAGAAUUUUCCUCUAAAAUUAUGUUUCUUCCUUUGUAGUAACUAUAGGGCAGUUAGUGGAAACACUGAACAACGUGUCAUACCGCGUUACGUGCUGCAUCACGUUGUAAGCUAACUGGCACCAGCAGUAAAAUCUACAAAAUCCAUUUCUCACAUCACAAGAUGAAAAAUGAGGAAACAAGAAACAUCCGAAUUAAGUGUUUCCAGUAAUGCGCUGCCUGUAACUCCGUUUUAAAUUUAGUACAAGCAUCAUUAUGAAAUGAGCUUUCAAGCAAAUGUUGCUGAUGGUUCUGCAUAUGAAACAGAAUCCAAACAGCCCUGGGUGUGGGGUUUUUAUAUAUAGAUCACUUGUUGCAUAAUUUUGCCCUGUGCAGGGAAGUCCUUAUCUAAAUGAAAAAAAUCUGCUCGGUGCUGGGAAGGGCUGGACUGUACGGGCAGGGUGCUCACCUUGCUCGGCUUCUGUGAGGAUUCCUGUUUGUCUGUGCAGGACACAGCCCUGGAUCCCGCGUGGAGGCUGUCACCAAUCCCUUUGAUUGAUUACAAUCCCUUUGAUCGAUUGAAUCAAUCGAUCCCUCUGCAGCCCCGUCUCCUGCUCUCUCCUCAGGCCCCCAUUUGCUGGUCAGCCUCAAGGGCCACUCGAGAGCCCUUUGCCAGCAGCUUUUUGGGGAAGCUGCAGGUGGCGGAAAGGCAAUGCUGAGACAAGGGCAGGAACUCUUGCACGGCAGCUUGUGGCCACCCAGUCCUGCCUGCGCCAUGCCCCAGCUUCCCCAGAGAGUGCCCAGGAGGACAGUGCUGCUGUCCCUGGGCUCGGGGAGCUCCACGCGGCACCUUCAGCUCUGCAGGGCAGCAGGGAAAGGCUCCUGCUCCCACUGCCAUUGCCGGGGCACUUGUCCUGCCCGUGGCUGCUGCAACAAGGGCACUGCAGUGCCUGUGCAUCACGGGGCAGCGGUGGCGGGGACACUUGGCUGGUGGAGGGGACACUGGGCACCACCUCCCUGCUUCCCCUCUCCCCGGCGCCACCGAGGGGGCUCGACUGGAGACUCCCAGCGGGAAGCACCCGGCUCAGUACAAACCACAGCGGGUAAACAAUUACAGGCGCGAUUGCAGCGCUGCUUCCGCUUUCCCAGGGGUUUUAACAGCGAACGAGCGCGGGGCGAGGGCAGAGGGGAGGAGAGGCCGAGGAGGCACAAGGGGAGGCAGGAGCACGGUGCAGAGCUGCAGCAGCCAUGGGGGACACCUUCAUCCGGCACAUCAAGCUGCUGGGCUACGAGAAGAGGUUUUUCCCCAGCCAGCACUACGUCUACAUGUUCCUGGUGAAGUGGAAUGACCUCACCGAAAAGCUCGUCUACCGCCGGUUUACUGAGAUUUACGAGUUCCAUGUGAGUGGCCCUGGGGUGGGCACCAGCCCCUGUCCCGGUGCACUGGGGCUGGCAGGGGGAAAAAGAGGAAAAGGAAGAAAGCAAAUUACAGCUGAAAUUCCCACAAAACAAACCUGGCUCAAGAGAGGCUCCUGGGUCCCAGCGUUUCAAUCUCCUUCACGCCUUGAAGGGGGGAGCUGCCGGCCCUAUGCCCCCCAGGGAGGUUUCUCCUGGUGUCGAUCCAUGGGGUGCAGCCGGGAGGGGGCGAGCAGCAGUCAGGGUGCCAUGGGGGGGGGUCCCUGCACCAUCCUCACGGCCCUGCCUGGCCCUGCUCUGCAGAAAGCGCUGAAGGAGAUGUUCCCCAUCGAAUCCGGCGACAUCAAUGCGGAGAACCGGAUCAUCCCGCACUUGCCAGCCCCGAAGUGGUUCGACGGCCAGCGGUCGACCCAGAGCAGGCAGGGCACGCUGGCCGAGUACUGCUACGCGCUGGUGAACCUGCCCCACAAGAUCUCCCGCUGCCUGCACGUGGUCAACUUCUUCAAGGUGCGGCCCGACGACAUGAGCCCCGUCACCGACAGCCAGAUCAAGAAGCCCGAGGUGUUCCUCCUGCCAAAGGAUGCCAAGAAAAACGCCAGUGACAUCACGGGCCCCAUCAUCCUGCAGACGUACCGAGCCAUCGCCGACUACGAGAAGAGCUCCAAGUCCGAGAUGGCUCUCAAAGCUGGGGACAUGGUGGACAUCGUGGAGAAGAGCGAGAGCGGCUGGUGGUUUUGCCAGUUGAAGAAUAAACGGGGCUGGGUGCCAGCUGCAUAUCUGGAGCCGAUGGAUGGUCCCGAUGAAUCUGAAGAGCAGGAGCCCAACUAUGCAGGUGAGCAGUACGUGGUCCAGAAAAGCUACACAGCCGUGGAGGAGGACGAGCUGACGCUGACAGAGGGCGACACCAUCGAAGUCAUCCACAAGCUGCUCGAUGGCUGGUGGGUCGUCAGGAAGGAUGAAAGCACGGGUUAUUACCCCUCCAUGUACCUGCAGAGAUCAGGGGAGGCGAACACCCCCAAGAAGAGCGAGCUGAGGAACCGGAGCGUUCCCCCCCGCAGAUCCACCAUCCGCAAUGCUAAGAGCAUCCACAAGCAGAGCCGGAAGCAGAUCAGCCAGGAGACCUACAGGAGGAAUAGCAGGAAGUAUAUCCAGAGCCGGAGGAACAUGAAGGCCAAUUUGCAGAACAAGGCCAACAUCAUCUCUGAGAAAAAUGAGCAAGAGGAGAACAAGUCCAAGGCUCAACCUGCUGUUCCUCCCCGGCCCAGCAAAGACCUCAUCAUGAACCGCUGUACAGAGAGCACCAGGAGAAAGAUCAUGUGAGGCCCUCAGUCCCCAAAACCAAGCGAGCAGAUGCUUUAUCUCCACCAGCUCCUAUGCAGUGGGGACACAGAGACAGACUGGGGGAUCCGCAUGGAUCCCACAGCAGCUGAGAGCCUGGGGAGAUGCAGCCUGGGGCCCCAUGUUAAUUCCAUGGCACAGCAAGUCCAAGAUGUGCUGGUGAAGCCCUGAGGAGCGAUGUGAGCACCUUCCAUCAGCAUCUUUGGGGGAUGAGCAUUCCCAUGGCCUGCUGAAGAUUCCUCAUCACUAGGUCCCCUUUUGUACCAUAUUUGUAUUCUGAAUGAUUUUAUGGAUUUCAUCAAUAACCGGCAUUGUGUACAGUGUGUUUUGAGGGCUUCAAUUAUUGUGGGAAAACCUUAACAUGUAAACAAUGUGUACAAAGACCAGUGUAGCACAAAGAGGCACUUUAUGUAUGGAUUUCACGGCUUUCACACUGUCUGCAUGGCUGAUCAAUAAACUCAUCAGCAGAAAUUUCUGCAUUUCUGCACUGUC